CAGCAGUGGCUGUUCUGUUCGGCUCUAAGUAGCUUUAAAAGAUAAAUUUAGUCCUUUAAAACGUCGUUCACAUAUUCAAGAAAAGCCGCGAUUGCAGGUGCUACACAAGUCCCUCUGUUAGAUUUUAGUGUAUUUAUUUUGGUAGACAUUCGCACUUGUAGCCGGUUUGGGUGCGGCUUGCGAAGGAGGAUUAGAGCAGAAUAACUACUUUCAAUUGAUCAUCUACAUUUGGAAUCUACACAUCUCUAUAAAACAUGCAGUGGAUGUUAUUUCUGUCUAUUUUCUUAUUACUCAUGGACGGUGUGUUUGGUGCAGAAACAGACAAGGCAAUGUCAGUGAUGGAGGGAGACUCCGUCACUCUACACACUAACCUUACUGAAAUACUCAACGAUGAUACUUUACUAUGGUUGUUUGGACCUAACGAAUUUGUCAUUUCUCAAAUAACGAGGAAGGACGACCUGACCUCAUUUUUUGUCACUGAUGAUGUGAGAUUCAAUGGCAGAUUUCAGGUAGACCAAAACACUGGCUCUCUCACCAUCAGAAACACCAGAAUCAGACACUCUGGACAAUAUAAACUGAGAUUUUCUAGAGAAAAGACUACAACCAAGACAUUUAAUGUUACUGUAAUUGGUGUGGUUGAUGAGACGGGUGGAGUGAAGUCAGUAUCAGUGAUGGAGGGAGAUUAUGUCACUCUACAGAAUUAUGUUACUGCAAUACAGAGAGACGAUCUGAUAGUGUGGAGGUUUGGGGAUAAAGGCAUUCUCCUGGCUAAAAUCGAUGGAGAAACUAAUGAGACCUCAGUAAACAUUGCCGAUGAGCGAUUCAAAGGCAGACUGGAGCUGGAUCAGACUGGAUCUCUGAUCAUCACAGACACCAGAACCGAACACGCUGGACUUUAUGAGCUACAGAUCAGAGGCCGCGAGAGCUCACAGCAAUUCUUGGUUUCUGUCAGUGCUGUUCCUGAUCCGGGUCUGUCUCCGGGUGCUAUAUUUGGGAUAGCUGCUGCUGUUUUGUUAUUCCUGACUGCAGUUGUAGCUGCUGUUGUGAUUUACUAUCGCCGCAAGAUCUCUGAACUAGAAAAGCAAAUGGUUGAAGAGAAGUCAGUGGCAGAUGGAGAUACUGUGACUCUAAAGACUGAUACUGAACUACAGAAAGAUGACAAUAUACAGUGGUGCUAUAAAGAAGACAACAAUCUCAUUGCUGAAAUCGAUGGAGUGACCAGUAAUAAAACAUACGAUGGUGUUGAUGGGAAAUUCAGAAGCAAACUGGUGCUGGAUAAGAAGACUGGAAAUCUCACCAUCAAUAACAUCAUGCUUAAUCACUCUGGACUCUAUAAACUACAGAUCAGCGGCAAAAACAGAAGAACCGAAAAGAGAUUCAUUCUUACCGUCAAAAUGAGUACGGUGUCAGUGAUGGUGGGAGAAUUUGUGACUUUAAAUACUGAGACUGAAAUGCAAAGUGAUGAUCUGAUACUGUGGACGUUUGGAGCUGAAAACAAUCUCGUUGUUAAAGCUGAUUCAGGAAAGAUUAGUAUUGGUGCGAGAUUCACAGACAGACUGCAGCUGGACAAGACGACUGGAUCUCUGACCAUCAGAGACAUCACAAACGCAGACUCAGGACAUUUUAAACUGCAGAUCAUAAACAGCAAACAGAGUCGAUUCAGGAGAUUCAAUGUGACCGUCACUGGAAACAGAGUGAAUGAAUCAAAUGGAUCAACUGUAGUGAAGCCACUGUUGAAAGGAGAUGAUGUGAAAGAACUUGAAGAGCAGCAGGGGACAACUUCAGUUUAAUAAGACACACCCACCACUGGGACAUCAUCAACAGUUGAGCUCAACAACAUAUUUCUACUUCUAUUAAAACAAAUGAACCCAUGUGCUGUUAAACUGUUUUGGUUUUAGAUGAACAAAAGAGUAAAUUCUCUCCUCAACAGUGUUAUUUAAGUUGCUACCCAUGACCCCCAAGAAUUUCUAAAGAAAGAACAAAGGCACUGUUUUCAAACAACAAAACAUAGUUUUAUUAUAGUUUCAUUAAUUUUUUUUUCUUUUUUAUUCAAUCAACACCCGAAAUGUUGAUUAAAAGUAAAACAAAACAAAGCAACAGAUUACAAACCCAAAUCUGAGAAAUCGGGUUAGACUACAACAAUUAAUUUGCCUAUUUUACAAAUGGGAAUACAACAAAUUCAUGACAGUGUUUUACAUUCAAGCUACCCGUAAAAUUUAUAGUGAAAAGUUCUUUAAAAUCUGGAAUGCAAUAAAGUAAUUUUUAAAGCUGUUUUUAAAGCAUUUGCUGCAUGGAUUAAAAAAUAGGCUAAUAAAUAAUUCACAUAUCAGACAAAAUUGCAUUGCAGAAAAUUCUUUACAUUUUAAGUAAUUCAGAGCAGAGCAACAUAAAAAUCAGAAAAAACAUAAUUGGGCCUGUUUUAGGCUUUUCCUUAUUUUUAUAUUUUAGACAGUGAUGAAAAAUGACUUGCCAUCUCCUCAUUGGACGUGCCUUUAGAGAGAAAUAUGCAUCUUUAAGGAUUACAUAAUGAAAGAGUUUUUCUUUUCGAUUUGAAUUAUUUCGUUUUAAAGUAGUAAUUUAAAGCUUUCUAUAGAUAUAUUUAUCAUAUUUGUGACUCUUUCGGUUCAUCAUUGUGAAGCGCUACUAUUCAAGACGAGACUGCAAGCACAUCCUCUGUUUUCCUAUUUAUUUUAUAAAAGCACAACGUUUUGUUGACAUUGUGAGUGCACACAAAUAAAAGUAGACCCUUUACAGUUCUGAAUUAUGUAUUACUCUUACCUUUAUGAGCAAAAAUUACGGCGUAUUUUAAGUUGUUUCCACUAUCAAGAAAAAAAUGCAAGUGGCCACUCUGGCGCCUCCAUGUCCUGCAUAGUGCGCUUCAGCUUCCACUCUUCACACAAACGAUUAAUGUAAUGACCACGGACCCUUAACUCCAAAUCUGUGGUGGCAUCACGGAAUCGCCGGAAAUUCCGUGAUGGGCUCACAGAAGUGAUACCAAUGUAAGUCAGUGACAGGCAUCAGCCGUGGUCCAUGCACAGAUCCAUUACACCGAAUUCUGUGAGACCAGGUUGUAAAUUAUAUAUUGGGUAACAAUAUUGCCAUUAUUGCAUGUUGUAUUGCAUGCACCCCAUAUGUUGGGGUGUGAUUUUUCAAUGUAAACAGCCACAACAGUUUUAUUAUUACAUUACACAUUUAUGAGCACAUAA